GGUGGCGGGAGCUGUCGCUCGCGGUUGUAUCUGGGAAGGAGAGAAAAUGGCGGCGGAGCCGAGCAAGACCGAAAUCCAGGCUGUUUUUAAGAGGCUUCGUGCAAUUCCCACCAACAAGGCUUGUUUCGACUGUGGCGCCAAGAGCCCGAGUUGGGCCAGCAUCACGUAUGGUGUAUUUUUGUGUAUUGACUGCUCCGGAGUGCAUCGCUCCCUGGGUGUCCAUCUCAGUUUUAUCAGGUCGACAGAGUUGGAUUUGACCUGGAGCUGGUUGCAGCUGAGGUGUAUGCAGGUCGGCGGGAAUGCCAAUGCGACUGCUUUUUUCCGCCAACAUGGAUGCAUGGCCAAUGAUGCUAACACCAAAUAUAACAGCCGAGCUGCCCAGAUGUACCGAGAGAAAAUUCAGCAGUUGGGGAGUACAGCUCUGGCGAGGCAUGGCACUGAUCUUUGGAUAGACAGUAUGAACAAUGCUCCUAGUCACUCUCCAGAGAAGAAAGACUCUGAUUUCUUCACAGAACACACUCAGGCCUCUGCCUGGGAUACAGCACCCACUGAGCCUUCAGGGACCCAGCAACCAGCACUACCUUCAGAGAGCAGUAGCCUGGCACAACCUGAGCAUGGUCCUAACACCGACCUCCUUGGAACCUCACCCCAAACCUCUCUGGAACUGAAAAGCUCCAUUAUUGGCAAGAAGAAGCCAACAGCAGCUAAGAAAGGGCUGGGUGCCAAGAAAGGCCUGGGAGCUCAGAAGGUGAGCAACCAGAGCUUUACUGAGAUUGAGCGGCAGGCCCAGGUGGCAGAGAAGCUCCGGGAGCAGCAGGCAGCUGAUGCCAAGAAAGAGGCAGAGGAGUCCAUGGUUGCCUCCAUGCGUCUGGCCUACCAGGAGCUCCAGAUUGACCGCAAGAAGGAGGAGAAAAAGCUACAGAACCUUGAAGGAAAGAAGCGAGAGCAGGCUGAAAGGCUGGGCAUGGGCUUGGUGUCUCGAAGCUCCAUCUCCCACUCUGUGCUAUCUGAGAUGCAAGUGAUUGAGCAGGAAACCCCACUGAGUGCAAAAUCUUCCCGAUCACAGCUUGACUUGUUUGAUGAUGUUGGAACUUUCGCCUCCGGACCCCCAAAGUACAAGGAUAACCCCUUUUCCCUGGGAGAAACUUUUGGUACCCGCUGGGAUUCAGAUGCCACCUGGGGUAUGGACAGGGUAGAAGAGAAGGAACCCGAAGUAACCAUCUCCAGCAUCCGGCCCAUUUCAGAAAGAUCCACAAGCCGGAGGGAAGUGGAGAGCCGGAGCUCAGGGCUUGAGUCCAGUGAAGCGCGUCAGAAGUUUGCAGGAGCCAAAGCCAUCUCAUCUGACAUGUUCUUUGGUCGAGAAGUGGAUUCUGAGUAUGAAGCCAGGUCUCGGUUACAGCAGCUCUCGGGCAGCAGUGCCAUCAGCUCUUCAGACCUUUUUGGGGACAUGGAUGGAGCUCAUGGAGGAGGAACUGUAUCUCUGGGGAACGUACUUCCUACAGCUGACAUUGCCCAGUUUAAGCAGGGUGUCAAGUCUGUGGCUGGCAAGAUGGCUGUGCUGGCCAAUGGUGUGAUGAAUUCCUUACAGGAUCGCUACGGUUCCUACUGAUCCAGGCUCCAUGGCUCAAGCCUGUGGUGGUGACAGCAAGAACCCUGAUUCCCAGGCCAGGGUUGCUCGCCUUGCGAAUCUGGGCAUUUGUUGACUUCCUGUGUGUGGUGUAUGAAUUGGGUGGCUUUGGAGGAUCUUGGGCAAGGGGAGUGGUCAGCAUCAGUCCUUGUCCUCGCCCCUCACUCUCCUCUCCACGCUAGUGCUCUGCCUUCCAGUCCUGCUCCAAAGCUGCUGCUACUUAGCCUGCUGCACUGGGAGUGAGGGAAGAAGUUGUAUCAGGAUGACUUUAUGGGUCUAGUUCUUCCCCAAGUAGGAAAGGCAUAAGGCUUCUGAAGGCUCUAGGAUCCUUGUUGGUGGUCUGAGGGGUCUGGGCCUCGUCUUCUAGAGACAGGGGAGGUCUAGCAAGAGUUGUGCUGUAUCAGCCCUCAGGGAGAAGUUCUGGACUUGCCACUGCUGUUAUGUCGGUGGAGGCAUGGGUGAGAAGGACCCUGGUAACUCACUAAGGGCUAGAACUUUUGCUUGGCUCCUAAAGUGUUUAUUUAGGAUCAGCCUGGAGGCUUGAGCAAUCUUCCUUUGUCACCGCUGUCCCUAGGCUGACUUCUGCCUAGGUGUCUGAAAACCUUUAUCUACCAUUAUUGUGGGUCAUAGCACCCCUUGUCUAUGCUUGAGAGUCUAUUCUUUUGUGUCCUGCUUGGCACUCAUGGCGGGUCCCACCUGUGUGUCCUACCUGGAUGCUAGGAACCUGCUACUGGCUGAGGAAGCUGAGGCUCUGAGAUAAGUCCCUAGAGCUCAGCUUUCGUCCUCUGCAUCAUUCUGGGUUUAGGGGUCCUGAACAGCACCCUACCAGUCGGUGAGAGCUGGAGGACUCUGACAGCUGGGCCAUGCACUGUGUCAUCCUGGUGCCGUCUCCCCUGCCAUGCUGGCAGUCUGGGCCCAACCUUACCUGUGGACUGCAGGUUGGGCUCCCAAACAACACAGACCACUCUUCCCUUAUCCUUCCCCAGAGGGGGACAUGACUUUCUUUCAGCACUGUUUGUAUUGAAACAAAGUGGUGUCAAAAUAAAGCCCCCACGGGGCACUGUGGGUCA